AGCGCGAGCAGCCGCGGAAGCCGGAGCGCCGCGGCGCGGACGCCGAGAAGCAGCCGGACGGACACCGCGGCUGCCGGGGUGGCCCCCGGCAUGGGGCAACCGGCGGGGGCCGCGGGCGGGCGCUGCGCCCCGGGCUGGCAGCGGGCGGCGUGAGCGGCAGCGAGCAGGAUGCGCUCCGAGGGCGCGGCCCCCGGGCCGGCGGCGCCGCUGUGCGGGGCGCUGAGCCUGGUGCUGAGCGCGCUUCUCGGCAAAGUGAUAGAGGGUCACGGGGUCGCAGACAGCAUUCCGAGAUUCUCCUCCACGCCGCCUUACCUGCCUGUGAGCUACCGUAUCCUCAGAGCGGAGAGCUCCUUCUUCCUGAAGGAGGCCAGCCAGGACCCGCUGGGCAACGGCAGCCUGCAGUCCCGGGCGGAGUCCUUCUUCAUGUACAAAGCCAAGCAGCCCCCGGUGCUGAGCGCCAGCUGCGGGCCUUACUCUGCAGAGAAGGUUGUGCCUCUGGACUUCAUGUCGACCUCAAAUUUGUUAGGCCCAACCAAUAAGUUUACUUUCGGCUGGAAACUGAAGGCCCACGUCCUGCGGGAGAAGAUCUACCCGAGCCGGCCCAAGGUGCAGAUCCUCUUCCACGUCGUGGGCAGAGACUGGGACGACCACAGGGCCGCGGAGAGGCUGCCCUGCCUGCGGGUCUUCGCCUUCCGGGAGACGCGGGAGGUGCGGGGCGGCUGCCGGCUGGGCGGGGACCUGGGGCUGUGCGUGGCCGAGCUGGAGCUCCCGGCCGGCUGGUUCAGCCCCCCGACGGCGGUGGGCCGGCGGAAGCCCCUGGAGCAGCCCGCGGGGAGCCCCGUGGAGCUCUACUACGCCGUGCAGCCGGGGGCCGAGCGCGUGGACUGCGCCUGGGGCGACGUCAGGAAGGGCAACGCCAUUCGCCCAGGGAAGGGCGGCCUGCAGGAGGCCACCUCGCAGCUGCAGAGGAUCGGUACCGUGGGCCUGUACCGCACCCAGGACAGCGCCCAGCUCCGCGAGCUGCACCUGGACACCAACGUGGUCAUCUGGCUGCCCUCCCGGCCUGUCAAGCAGGGAGACGUGGUCACCGCCUAUGUCACUCUCUCCAGCAACUCUACCGUAGAUCGCUUCGUCCUGAGGGCCAAGGUGAAGAAGGGGGUGAACAUCCUGAGCGCCUGGACCAGCGAGCCCCGGCAGUGGGACGUGAAGCAGGAGGUGGGGAACGGCGGGAAGCACGCCACCGCCACCGUGGCCUGCCAGCGCCUGGGCUCGCGCAACAGAAGCAGCAGCAACUUCAGCGAGGUUGUGCAGAUGAACUUCGAAAUCGCCAGCUUCAGCAGCCUCUCGGGGACGCAGCCCAUCACGUGGCAGGUGGAAUACCCGCGGAAGGGGACCAGCGACGUGGUGCUAUCGGAGAUCUUCAUCAGCCAGAAGGACCUGGUGGGCAUCGUGCCGCUGGCCAUGGACACUGAGAUCCUGAACACAGCCAUCCUCACGGUAAAGACAGUGGCCAUGCCCCUCAGGCUGGUCUCCGUGGAAGAGAACGGCGCGGUGGCCAACGUCUCGGAGUUGGUGGAGUGCAAGUCUGCGGACGAGGGUGUCAUCAAAGUGUCCGACCACUGCGACUACGUCUUCGUCAAUGGCAAAGAGACAAAGGGCAGGAUGGAGGCCGUGGUGAAUUUCACCUACCAGUACCUGAGCGCCCCGCUGCACAUCACCGUGUGGGUGCCCCGGCUGCCCCUGCAGAUCGAGGUCUCUGACACUGAGCUCAGCCAGAUUAAGGGCUGGAGGGUCCCCAUCGUGGCCAGCAAGAGGGCCACGCGGGAGAGCGAGGACGAAGAGGAGGAGGAGCGCCGGGGCCGCGGCUGCACCCUGCAGUUCAAGCACGCCACUGUGCGGGUCCUCAUCCAGUUUGUGUCCGAGGGCUCCGGGCCCUGGGGCCAGCCCAGCCACCUGCUGGACCCCGGCUGGCAGCUGGACAUCACCCACCUGGUGGUGGACUUCAUGAAGCUGGAGGCACCUCACAUCGCCUCGCUCCAGGAUGGCAGGAUCCUGGUCAGGCGGGAGGUGGGAAUGACCACCAUCCAGGUGCUGUCCCCACUGUCGGACUCCAUCCUGGCGGAGAAAACGGUCACCGUGCUAGAAGACAAAGUGUCAGUGAUGGACUUGGCCAUCCAACUGGUGGCCGGGCUGUCCGUCAGCCUCCACCCCAGUGCAGAGCACAGCAAGGCCGUUACCGCUGUGGCCACGGCCGAGGAGCUACUUCGCACCCCCAAACAGGAAGCCGUGGUCAGCACGUGGCUGCAGUUCAGCGACGGCUCGGCGACCCCCCUGGACGUCUAUGACACCCAGGACUUCUCCCUGGCCGCCAGCUCCCUGGACGAGGCCGUGGUGUCUGUCGCCCCCGCCCGCUCUCCCAGGUGGCCCACCGUGGUGGCCGAAGGGGAAGGGCAGGGCCCACUGGUCCGAGUGGACAUGACCAUCGCGGAGGCCUGCCAAAAAUCCAAACGCAAGAGCGUCCUGGCCGUGGGCUUCGGCAACGUCAGGGUCAAGUUUGGACGGAACGACGCCGACCCCAGCCCCACCGGAGACGCGGAGGAGGAGGAGACCAAGAACCACGCCAGCCACCGUCGGAAGGGCCAGGACGAGAGUCCCGGCCAGGAUGGGCCGUCCCCUGAGCGCGAGGAAGGGGCCCUGCGGAGGGCCACCACGAGGGCCAGGUCGCCGCUGGACGGCAGGGCGGUGAAGAGCCGCUGGCUGGACGGGGGCGCGCGGCCCGGGGAGGCGCCGCUGCAGAACAUCCCCCUCGACUUCACCAACUUCCCGGCCCAGCUGGGCCUCCCCGGGGCAGGCGCGGGGCUGGAGGGGAACGGCCUGCUGCAGGCGCCCCGGGGCCUGAGCGACCUGGAGAUCGGCAUGUACGCCCUGCUGGGCGUCUUCUGCCUGGCCAUCCUGGUCUUCCUGAUCAACUGCGCCACCUUCGCCCUCAAGUACAGGCACAAGCAAGUGCCCCCCGAGGGCCAGGCCUCCGUGACCCACUCCCACGACUGGGUGUGGCUGGGCACUGGGGCGGAGCUCCUGGGGAGCCUGGGGGACCCCGCGCCGCCCCCGGAGGAGCACACCACCGUCAUCGACCGUGGGCCGGGGGGCUGCGCCGAGGGCCGCCACCUGCUCCUCAACGGGGGCUCCCAGAAGCACGUGCAGGGCCAGGGGCGCCGGCCCGCGGACUCCGGGAGGCCGGGCCAGGCCCAGCAGCAGGAGCCCCCACACUCGCCCACCUCCAAGCGGAAGAAGGUGAAGUUCGCCACCUUCCCCUCCUGCCCCACCGAUGGCGGCUGCCCCACCGUGAACUCCAUCCUCGGGGCCAAGGAGGACAUCCCGUGGGUGCACCAGGACGUGGACGCGGGGGCCCCCGAGGAGCUCAGAGACGCCCUGGAGGACUUCCAGGGGAAGGUGUAGGUCCUCCGGCCACGGGCCUGGCCCCGAAGCCUUCCUGCAGGUCCCCAGUGGACAGAGGGCAUCCUGAGAGGCUGAGCGGGAUGGCUGGGCUCCCUAAGGCCCAGUGGGAAGUUCGGAAGCCCAGAAGGACACUUUUGUAUCAAGGGUUUUCUUAGCAGUUGCUGACGGUGGAUUUUGGAAACUCCUCUGGUUCUGGGGCAGGCAGGGUGCAGCCGGAAACGCUGGGAAGGGGUCUUACCAACACACACAAGCUACCAAAAAUUAUUUGUUUAAAAAAAAAGCAAAAAGACAAAUAAAAAGAGACAAAUAAUAAUGUUUAUAUUUCUAAUAAAGGAGCAAAAGACAGAAGGAGGGCCUUCCGCAGGAUGCUCCCAGCUCCGCGGCCGCCUCCGCUUUCCCCAGGACUGUGGCCGGGGCCAGGGAAGAGACGCUUCCCCCAGCAGAGGCGGCCUCGGGGUAGAACUGAGGAACUCUGCGCUUCGGCCGUGGCCGCCUCUUCCUCCUGCACAUUUCCUCUCUGCAUCCAGCUCACUUUUGAUUUAUAUUUAAAGUUGAUUUCUGAGGAUCGAGUGGUAUAUUUUUCCUAAAUGAAAUAUAAAUUAUAUUCUCUUCAUCAGAGGGCUUUUUAGCAACAAUGUCCAGUCCCCCCAAGGCCUCCCGCUGUGACUGUAGUGCUUCUCCUUGUCCUCCGGCUUUGCUGUUGUAUGUUGGGACUUGACAAUUCGAGAAAGCUCUCGACGCCUUCUGUUGGGGGUGGCCGGGAGCUGCCGGUGACCCCACCAGCGACAUCACAGGGUCAAGGCCCGUGGGUGGGUCCUGUUCAGCAGAACAGAGCUCAUCCUGGACGUCCCCCUCCACACAGAGAGCCCUGGGAGGGAGGAGGUGGGGUCAGACCACAGCCACUGCUGAAAAAUGACCCCAGAUGAAAACCGUAUGGGGUGGGGGCUUCCAGCUGUUCCUCCUUUGUCGGGCAGGGUGUACCAGCGUAGACGCAAAAGAUGAAACCUAUGUUAGACGUCCCUCACUGUGUUCUCGAGGAGCAUAACCGUGUAGCCGUGCAUUGCAAAAUGCAUUCAUCCAAAGUGAUAGGCACGUGGCACAGAAGACCUGCACCGGGUAAAGUAACCCCCUUUGAGACUCUCCGAACGGUGGCUGUGGAUGGCGGACGUCCUGACCGAGCUUCACGCUCACAGCAGGGAGAGAGGCUCACAGAGAUACCAGGGAUGGUUGCUGGUGGUUUUUUAUUAUUAUUAUUAUUAUUAUUACUAAAGUCAGUAGCUGAGAAAGGGUCCUGAAGCCUCUUAAGCUUGGUUGGACCUUUUCAAAGUAUAUUUGUAGCACAUAUUAUAGACGGAAAGAAGAUAUUUAUUUAUACCUGUAAUGCCAGUUGUCAUUAAAGUGCUCCCAAUGGCUUGAC